AUGGCAAGCCACGCUCGUCAACCCUACAUCCGCAUCCAGUGGUUCCUGAAGCGAAAAGAAGGCAUGAGUCCGGAACAUUUUCAUGCUUACUGGGCCAAAGAGCACGCAGACUUUGCACUUUCAUUGCCUGGCUUCAAGCAGAUUGCCAAACGAUACACCCAGUACCAAGAGAAAGCGAAAGUUCUUGGGCUGCCCCUGAUUGUCGGGUCCGAUGGUCAGCCAUUUGAUGGGACGGCAGAGAUGCUGGUCGAGAGCGUCGAGGAGUAUGUCAAACAUAUGAGCCAAGACGAGAUCGUCCAGGCAAUCAUAAAGGAUGCUGCGAACUUCAUGGGAGAGGGCGCCCAUGUGAUGGUCGGAUAUGAGACACUGCAGCUUGGAGAACCUGUUCCAGGACUGCCAAAAGACAACCAUUUCAGAUUAUGA